GGCGCGGGCCCGCGAGCCUCCGGGGUCGUGACAUCGCCGCGCAACAAAAAGCCCCGGCGGCGCCCGGCCGCCUCCGUCAAUGGUGCGGUGCAGGGGCGGGAGCCGGGCACGCCUGCACGGCGCGCAGCGUGCGCACACACAGCUGUCCCCGUAGCGCUGCCGCUCCGCGCGGGCCGGGAACAAACUGCUCCCCACCCUUUUUUUUUUUUUUUUUUUUUUUCUUUCCUCCCUUUCCUUUUCCCUCCCCCCUUUUCUCCUCCUUUCUUCUUUCUUUUUAAGGGAGCGGAGAAAAGUCAAGCUUCAUCUUAAUGUUGCUGCGGGAGUCUCAGUAAAUGUCCAUCUGUCUGAUGCUGAUGAUGCAAAGGACACUUUUUAAAAGGAGCCUUUUAACUCCAUAGACACAUAGGCACCCAUUCACGAGCAGGCACACGCGAGGAGGAGGAAGAAGAAGAAGCAACAACUUUCUGAUCGCUGCUUUUAAAAGGGAGAAGCCCUUCCCUGGCUGGGACUUGCCUUCUGCCUCCUAAGCCAGCUGCUAAAAGUAUGUUUCUGAGGCGGACUAUACUUCAGGGAACUUCUAUUUUCUGCUCGGCAGCUGUAGAGGAGAGGCAGCGAAGUUUGGAGUAACACCAAGUGAUGCGGGAAAAACACCCCGAGAGCAGAACACCCUCCUGCAGACACAAGCCCGGCUGCUGCACACAGGUUGAUCAUGGUUGCCGCGACCCGCUGCCUCCUGGCGCUGCUGCUCUGCCAGGUGCUGCUGGGCGGCGCGGCCGGCCUCAUGCCGGAGGUGGGCCGGCGGCGCUUCAGCGAGCCGGGCCGCGCCGCCUCGGCGGCGCAGCGCCCCGAGGACCUGCUCAGCGAGUUCGAGCUGCGCCUGCUCCACAUGUUCGGCCUCAAGCGGCGGCCCAGCCCCGGCAAGGACGUCGUCAUCCCCCCCUACAUGCUGGACCUCUACCGCCUGCACGCGGGCCAGCGCCUGGCGCAGCCGCCCGCCCUCGGCUACCCGCUGGAGAGGGCCGCCAGCCGCGCCAACACCGUCCGCAGCUUCCACCACGAAGAAGUUUUGGAAGAGCUGCCAGAAACAAGUGGGAAAACAGCACGGCGUUUCUUCUUUAAUUUAACUUCCAUCCCUAAUGAGGAAUCUAUCACCUCAGCCGAACUCCAGAUUUUUCGGAAACAGGUGCAAGGAGCCUCUGAGAACAACAGCAGCUACCAUCACCGUAUUAAUAUUUAUGAAAUUAUAAGGCCAGCCACAGCCACCUCUAAGGACCCUGUCACAAGACUUUUGGACACCAGGUUGGUGCAUCAUAAUGCAAGUAAAUGGGAAAGUUUUGAUGUAACGCCAGCUGUAAUGAGGUGGAUUGCACAUGGACAACCUAAUCAUGGGUUUGUGGUAGAGGUGGUUCACUUGGACAAAGAGAACAGUGCCUCCAAGAGGCACGUUAGGAUUAGCAGGUCUUUACAUCAGGAUGAAGAUAGCUGGUCUCAGCUGAGGCCGUUAUUAGUAACGUUUGGGCAUGAUGGCAAGGGACACCCGCUUCAUAAAAGAGAAAAGCGUCAAGCGAAACACAAACAGCGUAAACGCCACAAAUACAGUUGCAAAAGGCAUCCGUUAUAUGUGGACUUCAAUGACGUGGGGUGGAAUGACUGGAUUGUUGCCCCACCGGGGUAUAGUGCCUUUUACUGCCAUGGGGAAUGUCCUUUUCCACUGGCAGAUCAUCUAAACUCAACAAACCAUGCCAUUGUUCAGACUUUGGUCAAUUCAGUGAAUUCCAAAAUCCCUAAGGCUUGCUGUGUGCCGACAGAACUGAGUGCUAUUUCCAUGCUCUACCUUGAUGAGAAUGAAAAAGUUGUAUUAAAGAACUAUCAAGAUAUGGUUGUGGAGGGUUGUGGGUGCCGCUAACACAGCAAAUAUAUUAGACAAAUACAAAAAAAAAAGCUGACACUUUAAUAUUUCCCAAUGAAGACUUUAUUUAUGUAAUGAAAUGGAAAGAAAAAAAAACACAACUAUUUUGAAAAUAUAUUUAUGUCUACAAAAAGUUGGGAAAACAAAUAUUUUAA